AGAAGAAGAAGAAGAAGAAGAGGAAGAGGAAGAAGAAGAAGCAAAAGCCAAGCAAGCGGCAACAGGAGGCAGCUCGCCAGCUCGCCAGGCCGGAGGAACCGCGGCGUGUGUACGCGAGCGGCGUUUGGAUGUUACAGGCCAGCAGCUUGCCAGCCGGUUGACAUGCGCAGGAAGUCCUGACAUGGACACAGAGAUGAUUCCCAAGUUUUCCACAAAGGAUGAAGAAGUAGACUACUGGAAGUCCCAAGCCCUGAAGUAUAAGAAAAGCUGCCACGAUGCCCGGGAGGAGCUGCAGGAGUUUCAGGAGGGCAGCCAAGAGCUGGAGGCAGAGCUGGAGGCGCAGCUCGGCCAGGCCGAACAGCGCCUGCGCGACCUGCAGAGCGAGAAUGAGCGGCUGAAGAACGAGGUGGACAACCUCAAGGAAAAGCUGGAGAAGCAGUACGCUCAGAGCUACGAGCAGAUCUGCGUGCUGGAGGACGACCUGGGCCGGACGCGGAGCAUCAAGGAGCAGCUCCACAAAUCCGUGCGCAAGCUCGAGCAGGCCAACGACGACCUGGAGAGAGCCAAGAGGGCGACCAUCGUGUCCCUGGAGGACUUCGAGGGCCGCUUAAACCAGGCCAUCGAGAGAAACGCCUUCCUGGAGAGCGAGCUGGACGAGAAGGAGUCGCUGCUGGUGUCCGUGCAGCGUCUCAAAGACGAGGCACGAGACCUCCGACAGGAACUGGCGGUGCGGGAGAGGACGACGGACAGGAUGUCGGCGCCCGGCUCCCCGACGUCUGACGCGGACAACGCCGACUCGGCCGUGCCGGCGUCUGCGUCGCUGCCUGCGACGCCGGUGGGACAGAGCGCGACAGAACAUCUCUUUGUCGGCCCGAAAGCGUCGACCAACGGCUGCGGCGGCUCGUCCCUCACGCCUUCGGCCAGAAUGUCGGCUCUCAACAUCGUCGGCGAUCUGCUCAGGAAAGUCGGGGCUUUGGAGUCCAAACUGGCCGCCUGCAGGAGCUUUGCCAAAGACCCGGCGGUGAGAAAAAGCCUCCCCGCGGACAACGGCGCCCUCGUCAACGGCAACGCCACCAAGUUCUCUCACACCCUGCACACCACCUACUUCGACAAAAGCAGCGCCGUAAACGGACUGGAUCCUGGCACGCUGACCUCCAGGACCGUGUCCCCGCCGGGCCUGCUGCCGCUCAGCGUGUGACGACGAGGACAAUCGGAGGGCACGAGACGGUUACGCGUGAGUGUGCGUUUGCACUAGAGACUUGCUGACUACAGGACCUGUCUCAAUUUUUUGUGUUUAUUUUUGGGGGGGGGGGGGGGAUUCCAUCACGUGCGCGUAACAUUGCGCUUUAUCUGAAUGCCAAUGUGUGGACCCGUUUUUUUGUUUUUGCGGCGGCGCACCGUCUCCCCUAACGACAAAAGGUCCCGUGGGACCUCGCUACUUCUCCUGUGAUUUGCACAUUUGGACGACUUCCUCCCCAGUUCAGAAUGUAUUCUAUUUCAUGAAAAGGGACGUGUUCUUAUUAACUUAUGUCACCGUAAGCGUUACAGCAAUGCAGUAUUCUCUCACAUGUGGAGGUGUUUUUUUGUUGUUGUUAUUUUUUUUGGGGGGGGGGGGGGUUGUCCCCGUCCUCCCCACGUCCACAGUUAUGACUGAAGUGAAUGUUGAUCGUUCCAAACUUCGUAGCCAAAGUGCACGUGUGUGGAGUGCGUCUUUUUAUAAAUGUUGUUUUUGUGUGUGAAUGAAAAAGAAAGACGAGAAAGAAGUAAUGUAUGAAUUUACUUUGCAAAUUGCCCUUAAGUGUGAAUGUAGUUUUUUUUUUUUUUUUUUUUAAUUUAUGUGUUUUUUUUUAUUUUUUGGGGGUACAAGCACUACAGAAAAUGGUUGCGGAUGUGUGAAACAAAUGUUAAGCAGGUUCGACUCUGCAAAACUAGUCCUGGCUUGGCGAUUAGUCGUUAUUAUUUCAAGCCACAAAAUGUCCGCCUGUUACCGACGCGCGCUCCGCCAAGCGUGCGUACGUAGCUCGCCAAGAUGGCCGUUUGGCCACCUUUAUACAUGAGAUCCACCUGAAGGUCCUUUUUAUUUAUUAUUGUUGCCCAGUUUGUACGGCGUGUUUCAACGGUGCGUGGCGGUUCCAUCCUCUGCGGGCUUGAUCUUAACUUCGUUUGAAUAAAUAAAGAUUGACAUGAGCCACGG